AUGCUCAGGCUACAGAAGAGGCUCGCCUCUAGUGUCCUCUGCUGUGGUAAAAAGAAGGUCUGGUUGGACCCUAAUGAAACCAACGAAAUCUCCAAUGCCAACUCCUGUCAGCAUAUCAGGAAGCUGAUCAAAGAUGGCCUGAUCAUCCCGAAGCCUGUGACUGUCCAUUCCCAGGCUCGAUGCCGGAAGAACACCUUGGCCCGACGGAAGGGCAGGCAUAUGGGCAUAGGGAAGUGGAAGGGUACUGCCAACGCUCGGAUGCCCGAGAAGGUGACCUGGAUGAGAAGGAUGAGGAUCCUGUGCCGGCUUCUCAGGAGAUACCUGGAAUCUAAGAAGAUUGACCACCAUAUGUAUCACAGCCCGCACCUGAAGGUCAAAGGGAAUGUGUUCAAAAACAAGCGGAUUCUCAUGGAGCGCAUCCACAAACUGAAGGCAGAGAAGGCCCGCAGUGGCCAGGCUGUGGCCUCACGUGGAUCAGUCAUUAAAAUAAAACAAGCCUUUGUCGAAAGAAAGAAAGAAAGAAAGAAAGAAAGAAAG